UGACUGGAGAGUCGGGCGCACUCGCUCCUGCCAGGAAGUUGUUGGUAUUCGGGAAAUAACAAAGAGAGGAAAACAGGUACAUUAAACGCAUCGAAACUACACGAGGGGGAUCCUUGUAACGUGUACGGGAUCCGGGUAUGAGCUGGAGUACUAUUAACUAAUGGAGGACUAAUCGAUGGAGGCGGACAGAAGUUUUGGGCUCGUCCGGGUCCUGCUGCUGCUGUUGGGUAUUACAGCCACUACAGGGAGAGAAGUAUGUCUCGGGACCGAUAUGAAGUUGGCUUUACCCUCCAGUCUGGAAAAUCAUUAUGAAAUGCUCAGGCUGCUGUACACGGGCUGCCAGGUGGUUCAUGGUAACCUGGAGAUCACACACUUGCAGGGAAGUCCAGAUCUCUCCUUCCUGCAGGGGAUUGUGGAGGUUCAGGGCUAUGUGCUGAUAGCUCACGUCUCAGUGCGUUCGGUUCCUCUGGACAAUCUGCGAAUCAUUCGAGGCAGUCAGCUUUAUAACUCCAGCUACGCUCUCGCUGUACAUAACAACAUUCAUCACAGUCAGACAGGACUCGGCCUGAGAGAACUACGCCUUAGGAGUCUUACAGAAAUCUUGCUUGGAGGAGUUUAUAUUUUGGGAAAUCCUCAACUUUGCUUUCCUCAGAAUAUUAACUGGAAAGACACUGUUACUACAGUUGAAAACAAACUGCUGCAUCUUCAAGAUAUCCCAAAGAACUGUCCUGUUUGUUCUUCAGCUUGUCAACCAGGCGGAUGCUGGGGAGAAACAAAUCAGGACUGCCAAACAUUGACCUCUGUACAUUGCUCAUCUGGCUGUUUGCGCUGUAAGGGUCCAAAACCCAACGACUGCUGUCAUGUGCAGUGUGCUGCUGGCUGCACAGGGCCCAAAGACACUGACUGUCUGGCCUGUCGUCACUUCAAUGACAGUGGGACAUGUAAAGACAACUGCCCCCCACCCACCAUCUACGACCCGAACACCUUUCAGUCCAAACCCAACAAGGACAAAAAGUUCAGCUUUGGAGCCACAUGUGUUAAACAGUGUCCCCAUAAUUAUUUGGCAAUGGAAGUGGCAUGUACAAUGGUUUGUCCCAAAGCUAACAAGGAAGUCAUCACUGUUGAGCCAGAUGGCCAAGAAACACAGAAAUGUGAAAAGUGUGAAGGAGAGUGUCCAAAAGUGUGUUAUGGACUAGGAAUGGGAAACCUUCAAGGGGUGUCAGUGGUGGAUGCCUCCAACAUUGGCAUGUUCGUUGGCUGUGAGAAAAUCUACGGCAGUUUGGCUUUUCUUUCAGACUCCUUCAAAGUAAAUGCAGCUACCAAUUCAUCUGGACUACAGUUGAGUGACCUGGAGAAGUUAAAGACAGUAGAAGAAAUCACAGGAUAUCUGUACAUAGAUACAUGGCCAGAUUAUUUGCUUGAUCUGAGUGUUUUUGAGAACUUGAAGGUGAUCAGAGGAAGAAUGCUUUACAAGGGUGUUUUCUCUUUGGGAGUUCAGUCUUUGCAGAUCGAGUCUCUCGGGUUGCGUUCCUUGCGCAGUGUCAGUGGAGGCAUAGUACUGAUUCAUAACAACUCAAGACUGUGUUACACCUCCUCUCUGCCCUGGAACUCGCUGCUCCACCCCACACAGGGACCUAACCUCAUCAGCAAUAACAACCAAGACCAGCAAACAUGUGUUUCAGAGGGGAAAUUAUGUGACCCCCUGUGUGCGGAUGCAGGCUGCUGGGGGCCAGGACCCAGUCAGUGUGUGUCAUGUGUGAAUUACAAACGUGGGACGGAGUGUGUGGAGCAGUGUAAUGUCCUACAGGGGUCAGUGCGGGAGUUUGUGGAUGGAUUAAACUGUGUCCCUUGCCAUCCGGAGUGUAAACCUGUCAAUGACUCUGCCUCCUGUACAGGCCCAGGUCCAGAUCACUGCAAGGAGUGUAUGCACUUUCAAGAUGGAGACGUGUGUGUCGAGCGCUGUCCCAGUGGGGUAAAAGAGGACCAGCACACUGUUUGGAAGUACUUCAAUGCUACGGGACACUGUCUGCCCUGUGAGACCAACUGCACCGUCUCGUGUCCACUGGAUGAUAGGGGGUGCCCCAUCCAAAAGAAAACUGGGCCUGGGACAACAGUUGCAGUCACAGUUGGUGGAGUGUUUCUUUUCAUCAUUUUGCUGGCGCUGCUGGUGUUUUACCUGCGACGACAGAAGCACCACAAAAAGAAAGAAACCAGGAGGAGAAUGCAACAGGAACACGAGCUGGUGGAGCCCCUGACCCCGAGUGGAGCGAUGCCAAACCAGGCUCAGAUGCGUAUUCUCAAGGAGACAGAGCUGAAGAAACUCAGAGUGCUGGGUUCUGGAGCCUUUGGCACAGUCUAUAAGGGUGUCUGGGCUCCUGAUGGGGAGAACGUCAAGAUCCCAGUGGCCAUCAAAGUUUUGCGUGAGAACACCUCACCCAAAGCCAACAAAGAAAUCUUGGAUGAGGCAUAUGUGAUGGCGGGUGUCGCGAGCCCAUAUGUUUGCCGUUUGCUGGGUAUCUGUCUGACAUCAACAGUUCAGCUGGUUACUCAGCUCAUGCCGUACGGGUGCUUGCUAGACUACGUCAAAGAGAACAAAGACCGCAUCGGUUCUCAGUACCUACUCAACUGGUGUGUACAGAUUGCUAAGGGAAUGAGUUACCUUGAAGAUGUCAGGCUGGUUCACAGAGACCUUGCAGCUAGGAAUGUUCUGGUCAAAAACCCAAACCAUGUGAAAAUCACAGACUUUGGGCUUGCCAGAUUGCUGGACAUAGAUGAGAAGGAAUACCACGCUGAUGGGGGAAAGGUGCCGAUCAAAUGGAUGGCGCUAGAGUCUAUAUUACACCGGAAGUUUACUCACCAAAGUGACGUAUGGAGCUAUGGGGUGACUGUGUGGGAGUUGAUGACCUUUGGCAUGAAGCCAUAUGACCUUAUACCAGCGCGGGAAAUUCCAGACCUACUGGAGAGGGGAGAGAGACUCCCUCAGCCGUUCAUCUGUACCGCAGAUGUAUACAUGAUCAUGGUCAAAUGUUGGAUGAUCGAUCCUGACAGUCGACCACGAUUCAAGGAGCUGGUGGAGGAGUUCACCGUCAUGGCACGUGAUCCCCCACGUUAUGUAGUCAUUAUGAAUGAUGAUCAGAUGAGUCUGUCGAGUCCUGUUGAUAGUGAGUUCUUCCGCACGUUGCUGGCAGAAGAGGGGGGGAAUGUGAAGGAGUUACUAGAUGCGGAAGAAUACCUGGUGCCACAGACCGGCGGCAUCUUCAACACACAGGGAGAAAUGAGAGCCAACGGACCCAGCAGACACCACUCUCACCGGAGUACAGAUCAAGGCUUAGAGGUAGAUGGUAUGCCAAGCGGGAGGGAUUUGUACUCUUCCGUCAGCACGCUGGGGCAAAGUCAGUACCCAACUCUUCCUAUGAGGGCAUCAGCCAAUGGCAUGUGGACUGGUACACAAUACCCACCUCUGGUACGGAGCAUAUCACACCGUUCAGCUGGAGGCCAAUCAGACUCAGUGUUUGUGGACGGUUACGUGGAGGACAAUGGCCCUCCAUCCAGUCCUUGCCGCUAUUCUAAAGACCCCACCAUCCCCAACGGCAUAGAUGGAGAGCUGGAGACUGACGGUCCUGUCAGUUUCCUUUCACACACACUGCCACGUGGAGCACAUGCACAACCUGAGUAUGUGAACCAGGACGUCCACUGUGAGCGUCCCAGCACGCUUCCACGCAAAGCGAGCGAGAGGAGAUUCAUCAACGGCCUUUAUACAGGGAACAGUGUGGAGAACCCGGAAUACCUGGUGCCAGUGCACAGCAUCACACCCAUUUCACCCGCCUUCGACAACCCCUACUAUCAUGAUAUUGCAGCUAAAGCUCAGGCGGUCGCCAGAGCGUCCAUAAACGGAGGUACGACUCACAGGCAGCCCAAUGGCUACAUGACCCCCACAGCAGAAAACCCAGAGUACCUGGGCUUAGCAGAGACAUGGAGCGGUCAGAUGGAGUAUACUUGAGAGGGAUCCUUCGGUGCAGUUUGUGUGCGAGCGUGAGCGGUGAGGUUGUGUGCUUGAGCGAGCGAGUGAGUAAAAGAUGUAUUUUUUGAAGGACAUUCUCAAUGGGAAUGGUUUCUCAAAGCUUUCUAUUAAAUUACCAUGCAAACCUAUGUAGCAUUCUGUACUGGAGUUGGAACUUGAAAAUGGAUGCAUUUCCAGUCUUUGCCAAAAAAUCAGCCAUCUGACAAAAACAUGGUACGUUUAUUUUUUUUUUAAGACUGCUUGAAUGAUUAUAACACUGGAUGAUGUCUUUGGAUAUAUGUAGUACUCUAAGGACUAUUGCUUUUGGUCAUCUCAUAAAAACAUUACUUUUUCUGGGGAUUCAAUUCAAUUCCAAGCCAGGGCCGUACACAUUGCUUCCCAGAGCUCUUCGUGUGAGCUGGACACAAUCAAAGCCGUUCUUUUCUGUGUGGAAAGCCCUGGGUGAGCAGCUACAGUGCCAGUGAAUGAAAGACUGACAUUAUUGCCGUACGAAGCAAGCGUUGUGUGUUCAGCAAUGCAACUGGCUCUGAAGAUUAAUCAACAUUUCGCAUCUGUGACAUAUCCAGGUUUUCACAUUUGUUUGGGUAUUUUAUAAAUUCCUUGUUUGAGCAUUGACUAUCUUCAUUAUGGGCUGGGUAGAAGUUGUACAGAUGUAUGUAUAGCGAAGGGUGUCCAGGUCAUAUUGUGCCAUGAUUAUAAAUAUUGUGCUUAAAGAAAAUUCUAAUGCCUAUGUUAAGAUGUUUGCUUAAGAUUAUUUUUAUUAUAACUGACCACAUUUCCUCCUAAGAAUCUCAUUAUUGUACAUAAGAACUGUUGUUCAAAAGUUUGAAUAAAUACUGUACUCAGAAAGCUUGCUCAAAGGAGUAUAUAUUAAAGGAGAAAUACCCCUUUAAGUAAGUCCCUUGUCAUCCAAGAUGUUCAUGUCUUUCUUUUUUCAGUUGUAAAGAAAUUAUGUUUUUUGAGGAAAACAUUUCAGGAUUUUUCUCCAUAUAAUGGACUGAUAUGGUGCCCCGAGUUUAAACUUCCAAAAUUUAAACACCCUUAACAAAAAAGGUAAAACAGCCAUACAUCACGAUUUUGAAGUUGAGGGAGAACAUGAGAUGGGAGGUUUUUUUUUUUAACAUACUCUAAUUGUCAUGAACCGGAAAAAAACAGAGUUCAGGAAGAGCGAGACGAGACGAGCCUUUGAGAUUAAAAAGUAUUUAAAUGGUUUUUUUUAAUCAAAAUAACCGAUCGCUUCGCUAGAUAAGACCCUUCUUCCUCGGCUGGGAUCGUUUAAAAACGCAUUUGGGAUCAUUUGAAGCCGCAUUUAAACUGCAUUUUGGAAGUUCAAAAUCGGGGCACCAUAUCAGUCCAUUAUAUGGAGAAAAAUCCUGAAAUGUUUUCCUCAAAAAACAUAAUUUCUUUACGACUGAAGAAAGAAAGACAUGAACAUCUUGGAUGACAAGGGGGUGAGUAGAUUCCAGUAUUAUUUACUGUAUUUUUAAUAAAAAAAAAUUAAACUUCGGUGAGCUUGAAAGACAUUAAAAACUCUUGAUUAUUCCAAACUUUUCAACAGUAGUGUAAAUAUGUACAAUAUAUAUUUUUUCAUUUAUGAAUGGAGGAGUCACAAUGCAAAAUGUCUUACUGGUACUGGUAGAAUAAAUUUUCUUUAUGCAAAAUAUGAUUUAUUUUUAGAAGUACUGGGCAACGAUUAAUUGCGAUUUAUCAAAAUAAAAGUUUUUGUGUGCAUAAUAUAUGUGUGUACAAUGUAUAUGUGUUAUGUAUAUAUAAAUACACAUACAGUAUGUAUUUUGAAAAUAUUUACAUAGGGCUGUCAAAUGUUUAAUCAUGAUUAAUCACAUACAAAAUAAGUUUGAGUUUGCCUAAUAUAUGUGUGUGUACUGUGUGUAAUUAUUAUGUAUAUAUAAAUACAAACACAUUCAUGUAUAUAUUUAAGAAAUAUUUACAAGUAUAUGUAUUUAUUAUCAUUUUUAUAGGAUUUAUAUUAUAUGUAAAUACAAAUAUUUCAUAAAUAACAUAUUUCUCUUAAAUAUAUACAUUAAUUUGUGUGUAUUGAUAAAUACAUAAUAAUUACACACAAUACACACACACAUAUUAGGCAAACAUAAAAUUUUAUUUUGUAUGCGAUUAAUCACGAUGAAUCGUUUGACAGCCCUAUAUUUGUAUUCAUGUAAUAUAUAUUAUAUAUAAAUAUAUUUAAUAUAUAAAGGCAACAUAUUUUUCUUAAAUAUAUACAUGCAUGUGUGUGUAUUUAUAUACAUAAAUACUAUACACAGUACACACACAUAUUAUGUACUCAAAAACUUUUAUUUUGGAUGCGAUUAAUUGUUGACCAGCACUAAUUUUUGGUCUUUUUGAUUUUGGAUUGAAAUAUGACCUGGAUAUAUCUUGAGGUAAAUAUGUUUAUCUCCCUGUAUAUUUUUUUAUUAUACUUUCUAAUGUUAUCUAACGGAAUUUCUUUUUGCAGUGAUGAAUACAAUGUGGUAUUAAUUGAUGUGAAGGGGCCCUUACUAUCAGAACAACUGGUUUAUUUUUUGGUGCUGUCAAAUCGAUUAAUUGCGAUUAAUCGCAUCCCAAAUAAAAUAUUUAUAUGUGUUAUAUGAUAUAGAAAUAUAUAUUACAUAUAUUUCUUAAAUAUAUAUACAUAUACACGCAUAUAUUACGUAAACACAAACUUGCAUUUUGGAUGCGAUUAAUCGGGAUUAAUCGAUUUGAUAGCACUAUUUGUAAUAAAAUGUUGAAAUCAAUGUUUAACCCCAGAUGUGAUCAUUCAUGUCCGUAAUGUCUAUUGUUAUUAUUUUAUAAGAAAUUCUUUUUAGGCACGACACCUCCUACUCAUUUAAAUUUGCCUCACAUGUACGCAGAAAGACGGCUAACACUAAACACAGUGUUGUGGAGUAAAUACUUCAUGUUUAAGAAUGUGGUCUGAUUUCCAUAUAUUAGCAGCUGUGGCCUCCAGCUGGACGAACACCCCUUCAAUGCCUCCAUUGUUCCAAAUUACAACGUGUGCCUUUUGUUAACUACCCGACUCCAGCGUCCAGUUAAUAUGUCACUUCUUUGAGGAAAGACGUGAAUGUUUUGUCCUUGUCAUGCCAGUACGCAUUCUUUGGCGCCAUUUCAUACAUUAUGCAGUUAUUUUCACUAAGCCACAUCUUAAAUUCCAGAUGUUUGAAAAUCUAUCAAGCUUGUUGAUUUUCCUGAAUAUGAAAUGAGAAAUUCAGCUUUGGGAGUGUGUGAUGCAGAAGUCACAGAUGAUGAACUGUGAGUGAAUGGAGUGAGAGAGUGAUAUUAUGUGUGCUAAUGGCACUCCAGUGCAUUUCGACAUCAGCUCAAACAAUGCCGUGAUUGUUUUUCAGAAUAAGGGAUGGGGGAAAAAACUGUUUGUUGAAUUUCUUCCUUGUCUGUGCAUAGCCAACACAGUCUACGCAGUUUUUUGGUCUAGCCUGUUGGUUCAGUUUGACAAAUUUGUAGAAAUAGAUACAAAAAUCAUACAGUAGCAUAUCUGUUUGAACAUCCUAAGCAUUGGGUUACUUGCUUUCUUUUUACAAGUUUUCCAACCAACUUGUUUUAGCAAUUGCAUUUGAUGCCAAUGUUUUGCAUAAGAAAAGAUUUUCCAUAUUUACUUUUUAGAUGUAAAAACAUUCAAUUACAGUAAGUCACAAAGUUUGACAAUAGAAGUAAGCACCAACAGUAGCUUCUUUAGUUUCAGCUCCUUUGUAAUGCCAUAAAUCAGCCUUAACGCCAUCUAAAAUUAUUUCAGAAUCCAAAGUCUAUGCAAGCACAUUGAAGGAACUGUAAAAAUCUGUUAUUGCAAUGAUUUUAACAAAAAUAUACAUGUUAAAUGUUUAAUAUUAAAUGUUGUACUUUUUAUAUGCAUACUAUUGAGAUUUUAGCUAGUGGUUGGUAAUUGUAGACUUGAGUUUGAUGUAAUAAUGCUAUUUUUCUUGUGAGCCAACAAAUUGUAAAUAUACUGUACACAAUAA